CCUUGGCUGAAUCUCUCAAAACCCUAGUAAUUGUACCAGAAUUCCGUAAGCGAAGGUUUCUCUACAUUCCUUCCUAAAAUGCUCUACAAAUCAGCCAUUGGCAUCAGCUAGCUCGCUCUGGUUCGGUCUCCCUGCCAAGUUGCCAACUAGUUCUCUCCUUAAUUAUGUCAUACGAUCGUUCCAUGGACCGAAGAGAAGAUUCUCAGGCUGGCAAUGGCAAAGGAAACGGCAACAGCAACGGAUUCGUCGCCUCGAAUCGCCCUUUAUUGGCUAGCCAGAGGCUUCGGUUGAGUCCAAACACCGAGCACAUGCCGGAGAACUAUGAUGACCUUCAAUUGGAGUUCAGUCCUUCAGUUUUCAGCUCGCUUGAGAGUUACCUACCUCCGAGCAUGCUGAGUGUUUCGCGAGACGCUAAGGUUCAGUACAUGAGAGAAAUAUUGGCGCGGUACUUGCCCGAGGGAGAGCGGACCAGAGUUCAGAAGCAUAGAGAAUACCGGCAGAAGAUAAUUUCAAAUUAUCAGCCUUUACAUAGAGACCUAUACACUUUAAACCCAGGAAGGUUCUUUGCACAAUCAUUUAUCAAAGCGGUGAGUGAUAACACAGAGGAGAGCUUAAGAAGUAUAAUAUCAGAACCCUCGCCAGGAGUUUAUACCUUUGAAAUGCUUCAGCCAAGCUUUUGUGAAUUGUUGUUAUCUGAGGUGGAGAAUAUUGAAAAGUGGGUUCGUGAAUCCAAAUUCAGAAUCAUGCGUCCAAAUACUAUGAAUAAAUAUGGUGCAGUUCUUGAUGAUUUUGGCCUGGAAACAAUGCUUGAUAAGCUCAUGGAUGACUUCAUUCGUCCUAUAUCUAGAGUGUUAUUUCCUGAAGUUGGUGGAUCCACACUUGAUUCUCAUCAUGGUUUUGUUGUCGAAUAUGGAAAGGAUAGGGAUGUUGACCUGGGUUUCCAUGUGGAUGACUCAGAAGUCACUUUGAACGUGUGCUUGGGUAAGCAAUUUUCUGGUGGAGAACUGUUCUUUCGAGGUAUUCGAUGUGAAAAACAUGUAAAUACGGAGACCCAAUCAGAGGAAAUCUUGGACUAUUCCCAUGUUCCGGGAAAAGCUGUGCUUCAUCGCGGUCGCCACCGGCACGGUGCCAGGGCCACAACUGCUGGGCAUAGGAUCAACUUACUUUUAUGGUGCAGAAGUUCGGUCUUCAGAGAGCUGAAGAAGUACCAGAAAAAUUUUUCCAACUGGUGUGGAGAAUGCCAACGUGAGAAGAAAGAGAGGCAACGUCAAUCAGUGGCCACCACCAAACUGGAGUUAUUUAGGAUGGAAGAAUCAAAGGUAUAAUUUUUUACUGCUGUAAGAUAUGAUGCUGGCAGAUUGUAAAAUAGCACAAGUCUUAUCGUUGACCAGGACACCAUGGCACUGCUUUUAGUAAUGCAUGGAGGAAACUUUUGUUUCCUGUGUUUCAUCCAUUGAGAUGGCUGUAAAUUGGAUUUUUUAGGUUAAUU